AUGACGUUCACAAAGGACUGUAACAUCUCCGAAGGCGAACGGUUCGAUGACCCGCUGUUCGCGACGGAGGAAGAAGCCGACAGCUUUGCCCAAGAGUGCAUUGAAGAUCUCGAGAUGUUGGAGCAAAAGUUUGAAGAUGCCGACGAUGCCGAAAUGAUCUCCAUCAGCGGACAAGACUGGAACAAUAGUUUGCUGUCGGCAAAUACUGAUCGUGCUAGCGAGACGACGGAACAUCAUUUCAUUGACCGACAAAACUAUGUCGACCAUGAGACGCAGGGCGACGAUGGCUACUACUACAACGAAGAGUCAGACGACGAUUGGUCGCAUGUUGCCUCGGACGACGGCAUGGAUUUUGAUGACAAAGAAAGAUUUCAGGCUGGGUACUGGUUUCAGGUCGUGAGAGGUGGGAAAUACCAGUACGAAGAUUCAGACGACGAAUGUUCGUAUGGUCGCUCUGACGACGAAUACGAUCCUUUUGAAGAAGAAGGUGAGGAUCAGCAUGAUCUAGAAAACUUGCAGGUACCGGAUCUCCUAAAACGGAAUGAAGCUUCAAGCGUCGCGAGUGCAGUCGACGUUCGUGAAGAUGAGUCCAAGUAUCACCCUUCAAAUAUUUCGGAAGACUUUGAAAGACGUCGAGUGAUGUUAGAAAGAUCUGACCGAUAUGUCGAGCUGAAAGUCAGACCUGGUGGGAAAGCGGCAUAUGCAGCACCCUCUGAAAGCUACAAAGCGAUUAAGGAAAAGGAGAAGAAACUCCGAGAACAGGGCAUCAACCCAUUGACAGGAGAAACAUUUGAAAAGGAGAAAGCAGAUUAUGCGGCCUGUGAGUUUACAUCGGAAGGAUGGCCGAAAAUGGAAGUGACCACUCCUGCGGACGAGAAGAAGUACUGGAACCUCUACAAGAUGCACCGAGCCAAGGAACGUGUGCGCCAGCUCACGGGUGGCAGAUGCUGA